AUGGAGAAUCCACUUCCGCCAGCCGUGACCCAGAGACCCGAUGGCCAGCCGAUGGAGAGUACUUCCACAUCCCCCGAGUAUAUUCUCGAUCAAACAUGCCCGGCCGUCCCCGAAGGCUACGAACAUGUACUCGACACCUCAAAAGGCUAUGGGAACGGCCCAGGCAUCGUCAGUCUCAGCGAUCAUCUCGAGGUCCUCUGUGGCCCGCUCCUGAAUUACAAGGGCUUCCGGGAUGCGAACCAAGAGUUCCCAACCUGGCAGGGCAGCGUGCUGCUUGUCACAAAGCCAGGGCAGAAACAGCCUGUCAUGGAGUUGCGCCCAACGUCCGCUCUUUCUAGUAAUGGCUCAGAGCGCUCCACUCUAGUCAACGGCAAUGUGUCGCAAAGUGACAGCCAAGUAACAACCGUGGAGGGGGUCAAACUGUUCGCGGACCCCAACAAGGCUUUCUGGCGAUUCUCGGUUAUGGUGCCCUUACAAGCCCAGCAGAUGCGCUGGGAAUAUUCCUUUCCCCGAUUCCACUAUUUCAAUCACAAGGAGUCUGCCGGCCGCUGGAGUUUCGUUGUCCCAGGCGCAAACGACUCGAUGCGCAUUAUGUUCCAUUCAUGCAAUGGUUUCUCCAUUGGUACGGAUCUUGAUUACUGGCAAGGUCCCCUUUUAUGGAAUGAGGUGCUUCGCCUGCACGAGGAGCGGCCAUUCCACGUCAUGAUCGGAGGUGGCGAUCAAAUCUAUAACGAUAGUGUACGGGUCGAUGGUCCACUAAAGGAGUGGACCGAUAUUUCGAAUCCACAUAAGAGAAGGACGCAUCCGUUCCCCGAAAAGAUGAGGAACGAAUGCGACAGUUAUUACUACGAAAACUACAUCAAAUGGUAUGGGAUGGAGUCGUUCGCAACCGCAAACUCACAAAUUCCUCAAAUCAAUAUCUGGGAUGAUCAUGACAUCAUCGAUGGAUUCGGCUCAUACACAGAUCAUUUCAUGAAAUGCGCUGUGUUCCGUGGUAUUGGAGGCGUUGCUUUUAAGUAUUACUUACUUUUCCAGCACCAUGUGGCUCCACCCGUGUCUACAUUUACUACCGAUUCUCCCGAAACUAUGUCCGCAGUCAACGGAACCUCGGGCCCUGAUCCCAGGCAGCUGGAGCACGCUUAUGUGUAUAAAGAAAUCGUGGAAGACCCGAGCUUCAUCACUGGCAAAUCCCCUGGACCUUACUUGGAAGAGCGUAGUAGAAAUUUAUAUAUGCGCCUUGGACGGCGCAUGGCUUUUGUCGGGGUCGAUGCCCGCACAGAGCGUACGCGCCAUCAAGUGAACUAUCAGGAAACCUAUGACAUGAUAUUCUCCCGACUAGACCAGGAGAUUGCGGCAUCCAACGGCGACAUCAAGCAUUUGAUCCUUCUCCUGGGCGUCCCAAUCGCAUACCCCCGCCUCGCCUGGCUAGAAAACCUCAUAAGGUCCCCGCUAAUCGCGCCAAUCCGCUUGCUCAACAAACGGUUCGGCGUCGGCGGCAGCUUCUUCAACAAAUUUGACGGCCAAGUAGACCUCCUCGACGACCUGGACGAUCACUACACCGCACGCCAACACAAGCGCGAGCGUCGCGAGCUAAUCCAGAGCCUGCAACACUUAUCGCGAAAGCACUCCGUCCGCGUCACCAUUCUCGGCGGCGACGUGCAUCUCGCCGCCAUGGGUCGCUUCUACUCGAGGCCAGAGCUCAAUAUCCCUGCCGACCGCGACUUCCGUUACAUGCCUAACGUCAUCAGCAGUGCCAUCACCAACAAACCCCCGCCGAAAGCCGUUGCAAACCUGCUUGCGCACCGCAACAAGAUCCACCACCUCGACCAUGACACGGAUGAAACGCUCAUGAAGCUUUUCGAUAAACAACCCGGUGGCAAAGAGAAAGGCGCUGCAUUCAAUAAAGUGACGAUGCCGUCGCGGAACUUUGCGUGUAUCACCGAGGUGUCACUGGAUGGGGCGGUAAAUGGCUCUGCAGAUGUAGCUGAGACGGCGACAGUGGUGAUGCCGAAGGACGGGCAUGAUCCCUUGCAUGCUGGUGAGGAGAACGCAGGGACUACGCAUCGGGCGGCGGAUGGGGUUAGUAACGUCAGUGGCAUGAUUGGUGGGUUAGAUGUUGCCAUACGGGUUGAGAUUGAUGCGGCCGAUCGCAAUGGGACGACGGAGGGGUAUGGGUUUAGCGUGCCCCCGUUAUCAAUCCCUCCGAACGACCGGGUAAGCCAGGAGACGACCCGCUCUAGCCGCUUCCGUCGAAUGCAGCGUCAUCUACAUUCGUCCCACAGUUAUGUGUCUGCAGCUCCUACCAAGGGCGCUGGUGUGAUUUCUGCUGACGGAACUGAUCCGGUGCCUCCGCUGCCUCGGUCCGCUACUGCUCCUGGGCAAGGUAGCCAUUAGUCGAUAGGAGAUGCAAAUGGAAAUAUCUCAAGGUUUAAUAUGUCGGUAUAUGUAACAACAUGAAUAAGGGAAAAGGGGGGGGGGAAAGGCAGGAUCCGGUCGGUUUUGGUAGGUAAGGAAGGUACUUUACUAUUUGGUUUUAUAUAUUGCUGUGUGCUUCGGUUGACAGGUGUAUUCAAACUAUCCACCAAGGGAUAUAUCUAUUGUCUUUUUAAUUCCCUAUUGUUUAAUAUCUCGGAUGGACAUCUAUGGCCCUAAUCUCUCGUCUUCUCUGGGGGAAACUUAUCUUGCCUGGUUUAUUGCAUCUUUCUUAAUUCUUGCUCACAAUACCCACCACCCGUCCAUUGCAUAUCUGGAAACGAAUGGGUGGAUUGAUCAAACUAUCUGGGAAGGAUUUUAUAUUUAUAUCUUAUUUCUUGCUCACUGCAUUGGCCCUUGUGUCAUUUUGUUUUUCAUCUGCCAUAGUUUGCAUCUACUGUAUGUGACUUUUCUUCCGCCGUUCGCCAGCGUUGCUUCUUCGCUCUUAACUUUGCAAUACUUGCAAUAUUUGCCCCAAUGUACGCGCAUACCUUGGGAAGUUUGCGCCCAUUGAUAUUUAUUCCUUUUUUUAUCCUGGUCAUUUUUUGUCGUGCCUUUGGCGGUUACCCAGCCCAGUUUUUUCAGUUAGGUUUGGCAAAU